AUGGUCGGCCAAGGCUUCGAUGAGAAGAAGCGGCCUGCCGCUCUCAACUUGACACCAGUGCGAUCCGGUUCCUCGGACUCGUCGUCCUCGGACUGCUCGCUCAAGGUCCCGCGAACUCCCCGCUUCGCAGAGGCUACUUCUGUUCACUCGCCUGUCGACAUGGAGUCGCCCUUUUCCGAUCCAGAGAAGUCUCAUGUCGCCCACGCGCAACCUGGCGACGUCGGCUUCGGCUACAUCAACGAUACCAAGCACGAAUCUGUGGCGGUCCCCAUGACGCCCAGGUCUCCCCUCAAGAGCGCCAUGAAGGCUCCAGGGACACCCGGGAGGCAGCUCACAAACCCCUUGAGUCCCACGUUCCGCGAGGAGGAGAUUCUCGAGAAGCGUGAGCUCGCCACGGAAAAGGAGCAGGCCAGAGACAUAAAAAUCAAGACUCGUGUCCGCAUGGCCAAGUUCGCACUUCGUGGGGUUGGCUUCAGCUGUUCUCUCAUCAUCCUCUCCAUGCUGUCCGCCUCGUUCGCCAUCUUCAACUCCACCAAGGCGCUCGCGGCGCAAAGCAGCAUGCCCCCAUGGGCUCCCAACACGGACAAGACGUCGUGGCCACAGAAGCUGACGCUUGCCAUGGCUUGUUUCUCGCUUUUCAUUUGCGUCCUGGUCUUCCUGGCCUACUGCCGCGGUGGACACAAGCGGGCCGAGAAAGUCAACACUUACUAUACCAUGUUUGCCAUCGGCUGGUUCAUCAUCAGCAUGCUCCUUUGGGUCAUCACAGCAGUCGUUGUCCAGCAUGCCAGGGACAGUGGCAACAACAAGGACAUGUGGGGAUGGGCCUGCGUGGACAACACCCGCUCGGACGUCUUCGCGGAGAAGGUCGACUAUCAGCUCGUCUGCCGCCUCCAGAACUGGACCCUCAUCUGCAUCAUCAUCGAGAUUGUUGUCGAGGUCAUUUCCAUCACUCUCUACAGCAUCGUGUUCUACCGUUACUACACCAAGCGCCGCCUCUUCAAGUCCAUGGACCUGAGAGAUCGUGCGCGGUCCGAUCUUUACCUAGCCCAGCUUCGCUCCCAGUCUGCUCCCAACACGCCGGGGUUCGGCCCCAAGUCUCCAAGCAUCGGGGGUCCCAAGUCGCCUGCUCUGAGCAACUACGCCAUGUCCCCUCGCCACCCCCCGGCCGCUUAUCGCAACCUGUCCGACAUCGACGAAUCCAGCCCAUUCACUCCUGGCGGCCGUGUCGUUGAACCCCAGUCCCAGUUCAGCAAACCGUCUCCGACGUUCAAGCUGCAAGCACCCCCUACCAAGGCUCCAUCCGCGACUCCCAAGACGAGCCAAGGGGGCUUCUCUCCCACAGCCGCCAGGGCACCAACACCACCAGGGGAGACUCUCACGGAGCAUGCCCCGCAAGCUUCCCACGAGCCGACAUACGAGGCAGUGCCCAUUCCAGGGGCAUAUGCUGGGGCGGCCGUCAAGAGCCCGCCGCCAACACAAAUCUCCUUUGGGCAGGCCCGAUAA